AUGGUUAAGGCAAGAAAAUACGUCGUAAAAAGGCAUUUUCAAGGAGUUCCCAAAAAGGAUGACUUUGAAAUUGUCGAAUAUGAAUUGCCGCAGCUGAAAAACGGUCAUUUCUCCGUCAAAGCUGAAUGGAUCAGUGUCGACCCUUAUUUUAGAGCCUACAACUCUAAUAUACCCACUCCCUACGACCAGUUCGGCUUUCAAAUAGGUACAGUUACAGAGUCAAAGAAUCCACACUUUCCAGUUGGCUGCAGGGUGUUUACUCAUAAGGGAUGGUGUGACUACAGCGUGGUUACCAAUUUAAAAGAAACCUACGGUAAUGUACAUAUAUUGCCAGAUCUUCAAGGUCUACCCUUUGAGUUGGCAUUGGGAGCUUUAGGGAUGCCUGGAGUCACCGCUUACUUUGGGUUUCUUGAAAUCUGUAAACCAAAAGCUGGCGAGACCGUAGUUGUAUCAGGAGCAGCGGGUGCCGUCGGAUCCAUUGUAGGACAGAUUGCAAAGAUCAAAGGGUGUAGAGUUAUUGGAUUCGCUGGCUCCGAUGACAAAGUGCAAUGGCUUGAGAAGGAACUAGGAUUCGACAAAGCUAUAAACUACAAGACUGCGGAUGUUAGUAAAGCUUUAAAAGACGCAGCUCCAAAAGGCGUAGAUUGUUAUUUUGACAACGUAGGUGGGGAGCUGACUGCUACUAUUUACAACCAAAUGAAUUUGUAUGGAAGAGUUUCUCUCUGUGGCUGCAUUAGUUCGUACAAUGAAGACCCAACCACGUAUAAGACAUCAUCAUUGCUGCCGCUCAUCUUAUUCAAGCAGCUACAAGUGGAGGGUUUUUUAGUUCCCAGGUGGUUAGAACCAGAAGACAGGAGGCCAGAGGCGAUCACUGCUCUGACUCAGUGGAUAAAACAAGGCAAGAUAAAGACAAGAAGCCAUGUGACCGAAGGAUUUGAUAAAAUAUAUGAUGCCUUUGUAGGAAUGCUCGCUGGAGAAAAUACGGGAAAGGCUGUUGUAAAAGUUUGA